UAUCACCGCUUGUUUUUAGCGGCAUAUGACCGGAUACGCAGUUUCAAAACAUUGAAUAUGCCAGCAGUGCAGAAGAGGGUGUUUCACAAUGGUUGAUGUCGAUUUUAGUUAACAAUAUGUACUAGGAGUAAUAGAAUAGUUCUGGCUCCAACAUGGCGGGGCCGCUGUUGGAGUAUGAGACCGAGAUGUUCCUGAGUCUGUUUGGCUCUGACGGGCUGCUCGUGGUUGCGGAGGGCAUGGGGAUAGACCGCAUCCUGCUGCAGUUCAUGCGGGUUUAUUCGGAACCGGGCAGCCUGGUUCUUCUGCUCAACACCACCACACCUGAACAGGAAUAUUUCACAGAGCAGCUGCGAGUGGAGGGUGUGACCCACCUGCCCAGGACCGUGACCAGUGAGGUGCAGAGCACUGAGCGUUAUAAUGUUUACACUGAGGGAGGGGUGCUGUUUGUCACCAGCAGAAUCCUGGUGGUCGACUUCCUCACUAACCGCAUCCCUGCCCCUCUCAUAUCAGGCAUCCUGGUGUAUCGCGCCCAUAAAAUCAUUGAGUCAUAUCAGGAGGCCUUCAUCCUCCGUCUUUUCAGACAGAAGAACAAAACGGGCUUUAUUAAGGCCUUCACUGACAAAGCCACAGCAUUCUCCUCAGGCUUCUGCCAGGUGGAACGUGUGAUGAGGAACCUCUUUGUCAAGAAGCUCUACCUGUGGCCCAGAUUCCAAGUAUCUGUGAACACAGCACUGGAGAGGCACAAGCCAGAAGUGGUGGAGCUCCAUGUGUCAUUAACACCAGCUAUGAAGGCCAUCCUUAGCUCCAUCCUAGACAUUAUGAGUGCUUGUCUAAAGGAGCUAAAACGCUACAACCCCACUCUGGAGGCUGAGGACCUCUCCCUGGAGAACACACUGGGCAACAGCUUUGAAAAGACCAUCCGUCACUACCUGGACCCCCUGUGGCACCAGCUGGGAGCAAAGACCAAAGCCCUGGUUCAGGACCUGAAGGUGCUGAGGGUUCUCCUGCUCUACCUCACCCAGUAUGACUGUGUCACCUUCCUCAAUCUGCUUGAGUCGCUGCGCUCCAGCCAAAAGAUCUUUGGCUCUAAUUCAGGGUGGCUGUUCCUGGACUCCAGCACCUCCAUGUUUGUGAACGCCAGGAGUAGAGUGUACCACAUCCCGGAGAGCAAGAAGAAACUCAAAGUAGGAGCAGAGCCAGAGAAACACAAGUCAACCUCUGCCUCAGAGGUAAAGCGGGAGCUGGUGCUGGAGAAGAGCCCAAAGUGGGAGGCUCUGACUGAGGUGCUGCAGGAGAUUGAGAGGGAAAACAGGUGCUCUCAGCAUGAACCAGGUCGGGUGCUGAUCUGUGCCAGUGAUGAUCGGACUUGUGCCCAGCUGCAGCAGUACAUCAGGCACGGCUCCGACUGGCUGCUCAACCGACUGUAUGCCCGCACAAUCGGUAAACAGGAUUCUGCUGCAGGCACUGCCAUCGAGCUUGACUCACACAAGAAGGGCAAAGGAUGGUGCAAAAAAGGGACCAAAGGGAAGGAACCCGCACAGAAAAAAAACACAAGGAAUAAGAGCAGGCCAUCUCUGACACUGACGCAGAUGAUGGGGAAGCAGGAAACAGAUGCAGCAGCAGUGAUGAGCAGCAGUGAAGAUGAAGAUGAAAUAGUGGAGGAAAAUGAGGCUGAAGAAGAACAGCUAAAGUUAGAUUUGUCAUCUGAUGCCUAUUAUGGUGUCCUAAAAGAGCCACUGACUGCCAUCCACCCACUGAGAGGCUGCACUGACCCCUACAGCUUGACGCGGGUGCUGCAUGAGGUAGAGCCUAGUUUCGUGGUGCUGUACGACGCUGAGCUGAGUUUUGUCCGCCAGCUGGAGAUCUACAAAGCUAGCAGGCCUGGAAAGCCACUUAGGGUAUAUUUCCUGAUCUACAGUGGCUCGACAGAAGAACAAAAGUACCUGACGACACUGUCGAAGGAAAAGAAAGCCUUUGAACAUCUCAUCAGGGAAAAAGCUACUAUGGUCAUCCCAGAGGAGAGGGAAGGGCGAGAAGACACCAACUUGGACCUUGCUAGAAAUUUAGAGCCUGCCAAUGCCACUACCAACACCCGCAAAGCAGGAGGCCAGGAGCAGCCCAAAGAGCCCUCACGAGUUAUUGUGGAUAUGCGUGAGUUCCGCAGUGAGCUGCCCUCUUUGCUGCACCGUCGAGGACUCGACAUUGAGCCCGUCACCCUAGAAGUAGGUGACUACAUUCUGACCCCAGACAUGUGCAUAGAGCGAAAGAGCGUCAGUGAUCUGAUUGGCUCAUUGCAGAGCGGCCGCCUCUACACCCAGUGCCUCUCCAUGACCCGCUACUACAAGAAACCAGUGCUGCUCAUUGAGUUUGACCCAGCAAAACCAUUUUCCUUAAUGGCCCGAUCAGAUUUCCGUCAUGAGAUAUCGUCCAAUGACAUUUCUUCCAAGCUCACAUUACUUACGUUGCAUUUCCCCCGUCUCCGUAUAUUCUGGUGCCCCUCCCCACAUGCGACAGCCGAGCUGUUCCUGGAGCUGAAGCAAGGCCGCCUCGAACCAGAUGCCACAGCAGCUCAGGCAGUCACAGCUGAGUCGGACACGGUGACUGAAUCAGCAGACCUCUACAACCCCGGACCUUAUGACUUCCUGUUGAAAAUGCCCGGUGUCAACACAAAAAAUUACAGGGCUCUUCUAAGAAAUGCAGACAGCCUGGCAGAUUUAGCCAAACUUAACCAGGACAAGCUAGCAGAAAUACUGGGGAACGCUAACAAUGCUAAGUUGCUGUUUGAGUUUCUGCAUAAUGUUGCUAAUGUUGAAGCUCCUGUGCAGAAGGCCAAACAGACAUGAUAUUGUCUAACAUGUAAAUGAGGUAUUUUGACUUAUCUAUGUGAAGUUUUGUUUCCACCCAUUGGGUGUUUUUAUAUUAUAAAGCUUCUGUAGUAUAGAGCUAUGAAGGUUGAAUCAUAUUAAUGUAGAGAAUUAACUGAAAUAUUCUAUUUUGGAAGCUCCUUCACAGAUGUGUGUGAUGUGUUGAACUUUUAGAUUUUUUUAAGUAACUUGGGAAAAUAUUUUUACACUGUGUAAAAAUAAUGUGUAUCUAUACUUGUUUAUCUCAAAAUAAAGCAUUAUAGAAAAGCAAUUAGAAAAUGCCCUCAAAAAUAACUUAUUCCAGGUUCUCAA